CCAGUAACGCAGCCAGGAUAAGCGUCCACAGAACCGCUGCUUGAGGGGAUGGGUGUGGUGAGCUGCGUGGAUACAGCAGCAGAGGCACUGCCGCUUGUACGGUAACUCUGCCCAGUCAUCGGCACAGGAGAUCUGAACGGCAAGCUAUUUAUAUAAAUCGGGCCUAGCUUCAAGCUGGGUGCACCGAUUUAGAAGGCACAGUUGUCAUAUUUUAAGUAUUAAAGGAGUGUGGUAUGAGCGGGACGCUGCCUCGGAUAAGCGGUUUGCGAGAUCCAGGACAUACUAAGCGAUUAUCUGCUUAAGGUGCUGAGCCAUGGCUGACUGGGACCACAACCUCAGCCUCGCAGAUGCCCUGACGGAGCCAGCACCGCAGAUUGAGGAGGAAGUGAAGCGGGAUUUCAUCGCCACCCUGGAAGCGGAGAAAUUCGAUGAUGUGGUGGGAGAAACCGUGGGCAAGACGGAUUACGUUCCCCUUCUAGACGAUGACGACCCAAAGGCUGGGAACCAGGAAGCGAAAACCAAACCCCACGCUGAGGGCGUCCCGGUGGAGCGUGCCCCAGUGACCGGACCAGCGGCUGUGGUUGAGAAUGGCGACCAUGGAAUAGAAGGCAGCAGGAAGGUGUCCCCAGGAAAGAUCAUGGAUGAGCAAAUGUCCUACAAAGAGUUCCUGGACCGCAAUGACUCGUGGACCAUGGAUGACAGGAACCCUUGCUUUGACUCGCAAUCAGCGUUUAAGCCCAUGGAUGUGUCAGAGCCUUUUAAGAUGCACCGUGAAGACGUCCUGUCCGACCUGCUGCUGCUGCCUCCAGAAGUGACGACUGGGCCGCCUUUGGGAGAGUAUUUGGAAGCUUCGAGAGAAGUCCAGGCGCCUUACGGAGCUGCUGCGAGGGUCCCUGAGCAGUCCCCUCUAGGACCCCCCCAUCCUUCUGCAAACAUUUUUGACCCACUGGCCUUCUUUGCUGUGGAUUCAGGUGCAGAGUCUCAGCUGAACCAGACGGUGGCAGGAGAGAGGGGGCCUCCCGAGGACUUCUGGCUGAAAGCUCAGCACUUAGUGGAGGGACAAGGCCCGCUUUUCUUUGAGCUGCCAGGCCAGGAUGGAAGUGCGUCCAGCAAGAUCCCUGACGUGACAGAGAUGCAUUUGCCUGGAAGCUUUGUAACCGGCCUGAUGGACCUCACAGGAGAGCUUCAGCCAUCGGAGGCAAAGUCAGCAGCAGCCGCCGUUCCUGCCCUUGCAAUGGAAGAGCUGAUGGGUUUUGAGCCUUCGCUGGACCACAAGUCUCAUCCGCCUAAAGAAGUUGUAGCAGCCUCUCCAGAAGCGGCUGCGACAAAAGACCAGCCGGCACAGGCCACGGAACCCGCGUCCCCCGGAGCUGGCCCUUCUCCGGGGUCUGAGGAGCAGGAGGGAAGCAGGCCCCCGCCCGGCCAGCGCAAGGAGGAGGAAGGCAGCACCCAGCCACGCAGCGCAGCAGCAGGUCAGAAGGUGGUGGAGAGCCCGGCUUCUCCCAGUCGGGAUGCCGAGGAGGCGGCAGCCACAUCUCCCAGCCAGCCAGCCGCAGGGAGCAAGCAGGCCCCCACCUUGCACACGGAGAAGGAGGAGGAGAGUCGAGCCCUCGGCCAGGAAGUAGGGCCGCCCGAGGCUUCUCCCGCCCAGCGCCCCGAGAAGGGGGAGGAGAGCCAACCCUCCGCCAGCCAGGAGGUGGCCGCGCCGCCUCCCCCCGUCCCAAAAGCAGAAGCAGGGAAGGCUUCCCCGCUGCAGCCUGCAGAGAAGGCAGAAGCAAGCAAGGCCCCUCCUGGGCUGCCCCCGGCAAGUGGGGGAGAGACACAGCCCCCCUCCUCCCCUGGCCCACCUGUGGAGCAGCUGCCUGUCUUGGAGAAGGCGGGCGAGAAGAAGCCGCCACCCAGCACACCUGCUGACCGCCUGGAGGAGCACCCGCAGCCCCCGGCAGCCCAACCUGUGGAGCGUUUUCCAGAGCCUGUCGAGUCCAAGGAAUCUCUACCCUUGGCGGGGCCCAAAGCAGACUCCCAAGAGCUCUUGCCCGAAAAACCAGCCUCUCCUCUUGCUGAAGUGGGCCAGCCCAAGGGAGCACCUAUUCAGCCUGUGGAGCUGCCCCAAGAAAAGACCCCUCAGGAACCUGCAGGUCUCCCUCCUGCUCAAGUCAGGCAAACUAACCAAGCCAGUGACCACCGCAGGUCUGGCAGAGCCAAGCCUCCCCAUGUUCCUGUGGCAGACGCCCCAGAGUCCCUUCUGGCAGGUCUCCCAGCCCAGAAAAGCCACAGCCAAGGAGAAGACCCCUUUUCCAGAGCAGAGUGUGGCUAUGCUGCUGGGACGUCUCCACGGAGCAAGGCCCCUCAUCGGAAGGCAGCCGUGGAGGCCCAAAGGGAUACCUUGCAAGAGAGCUGGGAUCUGGAGGCUUCAGCUGCCUUUAAGAAGAGGAAGAAGAAACCCAAGCAAAAGAGGAGCCAGCAGCCGAGGGGUGUGGAGACCGGGGAGGAGAACCCUGAAAGGCUGAAGACUCCCCCGUGUGCUGCCGGACCCCAGAAGUCAGAGGUCCCCCUUGCUGAGUCCCAAGAGAGUGCCAAGGAGGCCAGAAGCCCCUCCAUGGAAGUCCUUUCGAAAGAUACGUCUAAGCUUGGAAUAGAGUGGCAACUCCCAGAUGCUCAGAGCACUGCAAAAGGAGAGUUGACCUUGCCGGCUGAAAACCCUUUUAAACUUGCCUUGGAUGCAAAAGCGGGAGAACUUGGCCAAGUGGAAGCAAUCAGUAAGGACAGCUUGAAAUUGCAGUCUAAAAGCAGAAGGAAGGAGCCAUCAGAGGCGCAGCCGAAGCACUGCGUUGAGCAGAAGAAGCAAGGAAGCCCCACUUGGCCACCGGCACAGGCCAGCCCUGCAGAAACGAGCCUUUGGGGGGCCGGUGGGAAACCGGAGGGCCAGCCUCCCAAGCAUGUGGGCUUUGAUGUGUCUUCUUUGGAGGCCAAGCCGGCUCUGGGCAAGGAGGGUGAGGUUGCUCCUACAAAGCCUGCCGUUCCCGCUGAGAAAGUGGUGCCGGAGGGCCCCACUGCGAAUGGGGCCUUGGUGGAAGAGAAGCCCAAGCAACCAGAGAGUGGUGGGGAGUGUGAAAGGCCUGGCGAGGAAGUAAGGGCUGUUGAGGCAAGUCAAGCAAAGAGGUGCUCGGCUCAAAAAGAGGACAGGGGCCCCGAUGCCCUGGGGCCAAGUUGCUCUACAGAGCUCCCAUCAGGAGACGCAAAGGGGAGUGGUCCAGCAAAACCGGGAAAGUUUGCUCUUGGUCCAGCAGAAGCUCCCUUUUUCUUGGAGGCAGAUGCCGCGGAGAGACUCGACAGUCCGAAAGGGCGCUUCCCUGAGGCCAGGAAGGGAGCUGCUUCCGGUUCUUCCAAAGAGCCAGCUGGGGCCGCUCCCAGGGUGGGGAGCGACCAGCCCAAAAAGAGGGGCAGCGACGGGAAAAGCAAGAGAGCGAAGAAUUCCUCGGAGCGGCUGCCACCGCAGCUCUUUGCCUCCGAGGACCGGAGCGAUUUGAGCGAGGCUCCGGGCGGAAGUGGCUUUGCUGCCAAAGGCACCGAGGUGAGCUCCUCUGGCGUGAUGGAGAGUCAAACUACUCUUGGCUCUGCAGGGGCAGGAGAGAAAUCAAAGAAAGGGAGCAGCAAUGGGAAGAGCAGGAAAGCGGCUGCGGAGAGGAGCUCCUUUGGGGCGCCAUUUUUCCUGGAAGCAGAAGAGCAUCCAGGCCGUCUUCCCACCCAAGUGGGCAAGGUUGAGCAAACUCAAGAGGAGGGUGACUUCUUAGCUGCCAGCCAGCUGCUGGAAGUGGCAGCAGAUACAGCAAAGCUGCAGGCUCUUGCUACAGCGUCCCUGAUGGAGAAGCCAAAGGAGGUUUCCACCAGUAAGAGCGAAUGGGUUGACUUCCCUUCCUCAGCAUACCCUUUUAUCUUGGAUGCGCCAGUCAAGGGGACGGAGGGUCCCGCUGCUCACAAGAGAGCGGCCCCCAGAAAGGGAGCUGGCCUGUCUGAUCAAGGCAGGGGGCCUAGUUUCACCACUUUAGAGGACCCCACCGCCACAGACCCCAGCUUGCCCUUGCAAACCAGCAAACCGAAAAAGAGGACCAGUGACGGGAGGAGCAAGAAAUCUGGGAAAAGUCCUUCAGAGCAGCCAUUCCUCCCUGAAACCAUGGCUGCAAACAAGCCCCCCAGGAAGGCCGAUGCCACUGAAGAGAUGGGGUCUGCCGACAACGGCCCAGUGCCUGGUGGUACCCCCUUGCUGGAGCAACUAGACAGGAGCCAGGCACAGCUUCCUGCUGGCGGAAAGCUGGUGGAAGGGAAGGGAAAUGUGGACUCAAGCUCAGCUACGAAAAUUGGUGGCAGUGACCAGCUACCCGCUUCUGAUCGGAAAACGAGCACAGCAAAGCCGGAGGUGCUGGCUCAAACCAAAGAGAUGCCUUCCACUGAGGAAGGGGAAGACGCCCGCCGGGAGCAUCUUGUGGAGGAUAGAACAUGCGCACUGCCCAUGCUCCCUUUGCGUGCUCCCCCUGCAGAACUGGCUGCAGAAGAGCAGAAGAAGCCGGACACCAAAGAGCAAAGCCCUCAAGUUGGUAGUGUGUUGCAGGCAAAGCCAGGGAUAGCUGGGCCAGCAGUUGUCCUUGAGAAGGCGGGUAAAAUGGAGGAUUCCCUCUCUCCAAAUAAAGGCCAAGGAAAAGGACUAGACCCUCUCUUGAAGGAUGCAAAAGCUGUAGGCCCAGUUGCAGCUGUGCCGCUUGGAGAUACAAUGGCUAGAGGAGCUGAGGAGGGGAGGAAUAGGAAGAGCAGGUCUAGUGAGGAGCAUCCCUUUCUUUGGGGGGCCAAGACGGAAGCAGACGCGCUUCUUGGGGCUGAGAUGGAGGAGAAGCCCAAAGAGCACUCUUCCGCUAGCAGCAGCAGCAGCAGCAAGGAGGCGAGAGGUGAUGGAGGCUCAGAUCUGGCACAUAGGCAGGAACCCCACACAAAGCCUGCCAAGAAGGGCAGUGAUGGGAAAAGCAAAAGGGCAGGUGUUGUUCUUGAGCAGGCCAAGGCAGAUGCAAGCCCAGGGCAGCGUCCCAAGGGGGCCGGGUUGGAGUACACGGUAGGAGAAAUGGGGCUGGUAGAUGAGAACAGAAAUAUCAGAAGCCUUCCUCCAGGGCAUCCACUGUUCUGGGAAGAAAACACUAUGAGUUUAUUUGGCCCCUUUGCUUCGUCUGGUGCUGGUGGCCCAGGCGAAGCCUUUCCCCAAAGUCAAGGGAUUGGGUGCCCCUUUCUGGAACACGUGGGCAAGUUUGCAGGAGAGCUAAGUAAGGAGCACCUGCCUCCGGAGAUGCUGCAAGACGCCAGUAAGAGUGACCGGAGGGGACAGCAUGAGCUGCAGGAGAACUUAGCCAAGCUAGAAGGCAGAGAGGCCAUGAUAGAGGCUUCACUUUUGGUGAAAGCAGGCGAUGAAACCAGAGAGAAGAGGAAGAAAAGCAAACGGCCCCCCUCGGAAAGCCUGGCUGGAAAGAACGGCAAAGCACGGAAAGAUCAGCUGCUGAGUCCUGUUCUAGCAGAGGAUGGAGGAGCGCACCUCCUGGACAAAACCCAGGGCUCUGGGCCUGGCUCCUUAGAAUUGGCAGUGGCGGAGGAGCAGAAGGUGUUGGCUUCGGUGCCAGCUGAUGGGGAAGGCGGAAGUGACUCUGGCCGAGAAAGCAGCCUCCCUGCUGCCGAAUGUCCUACCCUUGGGGAGAACAAGGCGGGGGAGGCAGCACUCCAGGCUCCAACAACAGUGCUGGUUGGCAGUGCGGAGCAGGCAGGGGUGGCUGGAAGCGGAAAAGAGGCUCGGCGGGAGAUCUCCGAAUGUCUGGAGAGUUUAGGAAGUCAGGCUGGGGCAGAUAAGGCCCCGGAGGAUGCCCACACGCAGGAAGUGGCUUCUGCCAGUGCAGCUGAAGACCCCCCCUGUGAGCAUCCGGGACAGGGUGGUGCGGAUGAGCCCAAGCUCGGCCCACCAGUGCAGGCAGCCGGCGAGGAGGAGGAGGUGGCGGCGGCAAGCCUGUCCAAGACGCUGCCCGGAGUGCCGGACACGCUGCGUGUCGGGACUGAAGGCGGCGGACGUGUCGAGCUGGUUCGGCAGGCAGCUGCGGAGUGUGUCGACCAAGGAGCAAGGGCGGCCAAGAGAGAGGGGAGAGCCAGAGCUCCCGAGCAGAUCAAGGGCUACAUGAGACCCACCAAGUCACGAGGGCUCCCUCCUCCUCCUCCUCUUCCUCCUCCAGAGCCGGGCCGGAGGCGGCCAGCCAAGCCGGACGGCCCGACCCUACCAAGGCAAGACAGAGUAAAACCAGAAGAGAUCAAGCCAGUUGCAGAGGUUGGAACCGUGAAUGACGUCGCAGCCCCUCUCAGCAAGGAGCUCCCGCCAAGCCCCGAGAAGAAAACCAAGCCUUCAGCCUCCGCUCCGGCGGCAAAACCUGCGGCGGCUGCUGCUGCUGCUGCAGCGAAAACCAAGCCUGCGCCCUCCACCGCUGCCCCCACCAAGCGGCCGGCUUCCACGACGCCCGGCCCAAACAAAAAAGCCACCAGCCCCACGGCAGGUCCCCCCAAACGCCCAGCAGCCAGCACCACGCGACCCUCCACCUUAACUCCUAAGGACUCCAAGCCAAAGGGGGCAGAUGCAAAGAGCCCGGACAAGCGAGCCUCUCCUUCGAAGCCACCCUCGGCUACCACCCCUCGGCCCGGCGUGAGAAGCAGCCCGGCUACCCCACGGCCCUCGACCGCGCUGACAAGUACAAACGCGUCCAGCCCGAGGAGCUCAGCCACUUCCCCACCCAAGAGGCCCUCAACCAUCAAGACAGACGCAAAGCCCACUGAUGCCAAGAAAACCACUGCGAAAUCGCCAUCAGCCGACUUGAGCCGCCCAAAGAGUGCCCCCGCCUCCACCACUGCCAAAAGCAGUGCCACCACUCCGACGGCUGCUUCUCCCGCCCUACCUGGAGCUGCUGCUAGCCGGCCCAAGCCCAAGCCAGCUGCACCCAAACUCUCCGGGACGGCGAGCAUGACUGCCGACUCGAAGAAGGCCUCCACACUGAAAGCGGCACCCAAAACCAGCCCCGUCCCCAAGCCCCCGCGGCCCACAACCAGUGUCUCUGCACCCGACCUGAAGAACGUCCGCUCAAAGAUUGGGUCCACGGAUAACAUCAAGCACCAACCUGGUGGAGGAAAGGCAAAAGUAGAGAGAAAGGCAGAGUCGGCUGGGGCGGCCCGAAAGCCUGAGCCCAAUGCAGUCUCUAAACUGGCCACCACUAAAACAGCUGUUUCAAAAGAGGGGGCCCCAAAGCAGCCCAAUGGGAAAGUCCAGAUAGUCUCCAAAAAAGCCAACUACAGCCACAUCCAGUCCAAGUGUGGGUCCAAGGACAAUAUUAAGCAUGUCCCUGGAGGUGGGAAUGUUCCCAAUGCCCAAAGACCUUCUUCGGGCAGCCACCCCCAGCCGUCCACCGUCCCCAAGCCCGGCCUGGGCGGUACCCAUGUGCAGAUCCAGAACAAGAAGAUUGAUCUUUCGAAAGUGGCCUCCAAGUGUGGCUCAAAGACGAACAUCAAGCAUAAGCCAGGAGGCGGAGAUGUGCGGAUCGAAAACCAGAAGCUGAACUUCAAGGACAAAGCCCAGGCGAAAGUGGGCUCCCUGGACAACGUGGGGCACGUACCGGCUGGGGGCAUCGUGAAGAUUGAGUCCCACAAGCUGACGUUCCGUGAGAAGGCCAAGGCCCGCACGGACCACGGCGCGGACCCCGUCGCCUCCAACCCCCCCGUCUUCUCUGGCAGCACCUCCCCUCGACGUAGCACCUCCGUCAGCGAGAGCCUCAGCUCUGUUGCCGCCGCCUCUUUGCUGCCGCCGCCGCCGCCGCCGCCACCAUCGCCACCACCACUGCCACGGCAGGCUCCCCGCGCGGAAGAGACCUCUGCCUCCCUUUCUCAGCAAGGCUUGUGACUCUGCCCCCCUGCCCUCCCGCUUGCCUCCUGCCCCACACACAAAGCUUGUCUCCCUUAACCUGGAGCCCAGCUUUGGGCCAGGGAGUGUGCGGGGAGUGACCAGCCCCGCCGGGUGUCACUCACUCUCGAGAGCACGCUGGGCCUCGGCCCACCCUGGCGAAGAGCGGCGCCUCCUCUGGGGGCCUCCGGUGCAGACAGGGCCCCCCAGCGCCGGCUGCCUGCCUGUUUUCCUGUGGGGAGGGGCCCCGAGGGCGAUGGCAAGCGUCCCGGUGCCCCCAGGUGCUUCUGGGCUGGCUGUGUGGAGCGGGCUGCUGUGUGCCACCCUUGGCGGAGCCUGAGGCCGGGUGGGAGUUAACGGGGGUGAGCUUUGCUGUCUUCCCCGCCCCCCCCCCCCCCGCCUCCCGCUUAAUGCUGGUGGCUUUGAUUCUCACACAUACUUCAUGUUCUUCGGGAACUCCUCCCUGCUUUAACUCUCUGCCUCCUUUUUAUUUUAUUUUUCCCCCCUCCGUCUCUCAUUGUGAUAAAGGUGUUGCUGAUUUAAUGUUGUGCUUAUCGCAGGCUCAUGCUUCCCCCCCCCCCACCGCCUCUCCCUCCCUCCCCGCCUCUUGCCGUAGGAGAAUUAAUUAAGAGAACCAUUAACCGCUUCCGCCAUGCUGCUGGCUUCAUAUUGACAUAUCCUGCCAUUUUAACUGUGUUCUUUUUAUUAUUAUUUUUCUCUUUGUGUGGUGUUUAUUUUGUGUGUGUGUUAAAACAAUUUUAUUUUAUUUUGAAAUGAUGGAGCAAAAUUACAUUAAGCCGUGUUGAUUAAAGCUAUAAGGAUGUGUUAUUUGGGGAGGGGAGGUGCCUCUACUUGCAAACGUACCAGGCUGCCCAGGGGGCCCCAUAACUGACGGCCGCAAGUGGCUCUUUCUCCAGUAGGGUCUGUGAAAUGGAUCCGGCCAGCGUUUCCCGGGCCCCUCUCUUCCUGGCUCUUGUCACGGCUGCUGUGGGGUCAGCCAGGGGAAGGGGGCGGUGGUUAGGUGAACCUUCCUUCCUUCCUUGCUGUGGAUUGGGCUCUGGGAUGUGCAGGUUGCUGUUGAAGCGGACGUGGGAUGGGGUGUGCUCCACAAGUUACACGGUCGAAGGCAGAGAAGCCGUCUGGAGGGGAGGGCCGUGGGCCACUUGAGGGUCACUUGAAAGUGCGCGAGGGUCCGAAGGCAGAGUCUGUGUGGCUGGCUGGCUGGCUGAGCGUGAUGUGUCAAGGAGAGGAAGAGGGCGUACGCUCAGCCCCGGAGAGGAAGUCCUUGCUUUUCCCCCCUGAGGGGCGAGGUCAGGAGCGGGGGGAGAUGAUUAGGGUUUGAAACUCCUUAUUUCGUGUUGCAAAUGACACUAAAGAAUGAAAUGUAAAUAAAACUUUAAAAAUCGUGUGGUGUGAGAGUCGUGGGGAACUUUUAACUUAAAUCUGAAAAACCAAACUGCAGGGAACAAAGCGGGGGGGUGGGGGUGGGGGGGUGGUCUGCAGGCAAACUUCUGUUUGGGGCUAGGGAGAGAGUGGAGGGGUGGCAGGACGGCGGCAGGAGUGGGGGGCUGGAAAGGCACGGCCGCCCCCUGGCCUCUCCCUCCGGUCAGGAUGCUUCUCAGUGACACAGUCACCCAGGGUCUGCACUCACACAGACACACACGCGCGCAUGCGUGCGUGCGUAUUGCACUUGUGGUUUUUUAUAUAAUAAAAGUUUGCAUGAUUUCUAAUAAAAUGGCUUUUUAAACUGUAACAGGAUUUUUUUUUAAUUUUCUUUUAUUUUUUGCAUCAAAGUGGUCCGCUCAAUCACAUACUCGCAUCUUCCUCCUCGGAGGAUUACGAAUUUUUCACAGGGCCGUUGCGCCUAGAAAGGGGCCGUUAUAUAUAUCUGUGCCACCCCGCCCUGCGUCUCAGCCUUGUUCCUUCCGAGCCUCCUCCUUGCCCUGUCCGUGUUGCAAACCUGCUGAGGAUCAGCCCGCUCACAGCUGCCCAGUUGGCCCUCUUGGUUCUGCUCUCCUCUCCGGGGGACCACGGGGCGUGCAUUGCUGUUCAUCUCCCUCGAGCGCUUCACCCAUCUCCCAGCAUCCUCUGCGUCCCAUUCCAACUCCUCUCCCCCCCCCCACCCGCCUGUCCUGACAUUUUCUGCAGCUCAGGAGCUCAGUUUGGCAGUCCAAGCCCAAUCAUGCGGCCAAGUAAGCGGGGGUGGGCUUUUGGUGCCAUUAAUGGCGGUGGAAUGGGAGGCCCGCUCUGACCCACGUUGCCACACAGCCCAGUGGGAAAUCCUCCGGUGCGAGCCCCUUUCCCAGGAAUGGCUGGGCGCUCAUCUUCAUGUGAAUGAGGCUUGAACCAGAGAACUUCCCACUGGAUUAAGACUCUGUGUUCGACUUUGCGUCUGGCCCAGCUGGACCCGACAGCGGCUUCUUGGAGUCACGGCUGACCUCUUUGGGGGAAAGUCUACAGAGUGGAGCGCAGAGUCUUGGGAGCCGUCAGAGGCGGCUGCCUCUUGCAUGUGGACGUUCUCCCCACCCGCCCGCCCCCGCCUGCUUGUGAGUCUCCUGCAUGUCUCUCCCCCACUCGGAUGUAUAUCACUGCCUCGCCACGGAUGCUGCUGUCCUCCUUGUCACACUCUGCCCACCACCAGCUUUGAUCUUCCAGUCUGCCACCCUCACCCCUGGCUCAAAGGGGGGAGGGAUUUCGUCUAGGCACCCCCUCUAAAGGGGGGACUUGUUCCUGAAGCAAUAAUGCAAGCCUGGGCUCUGAAAUGGGGACCUCCCAGGCCACUGUAGAAGAGCAAGUGUGCCUCAUGCCCUCCGUGGGGAGGCGAAGACCCAUGUCCUGUGUGGGUCACAGACCACUUGGGGCCAAGAGUCUCCACUUCUCUUGCAGGAAAGAGUACAGAGAAGCCGCGUAGAGAUGGUGGGCACCCAACGCCACCGUCUUGGGCUCCCUUUCUUCCUGCCCCCCAAACUUAGAAGGGGAUCCUGGAGAGUGAAAACUUGGCUGGGUUUCUAGGUUUGGAUCGUAUCACUCCAGGCCACAGAGCCUGAGCGAGGGCUUGUUCUCGUGGUCUGUCAGCUGGGGACUUUCAGCAGAAAGUCAAAUAACAUUGCACUUUAUCUCCUGGGAUUGCAAAAAACAAAACAAAAACCCCAAACAAAAAUAUGGUUGAAAUGUCUCAGUUCCCAAGCCAUGGGGGUGGGGGGGUGGGCUGCUGAUGGGACAGCAGUGCAGGGGGGUCCCUUCUCUCUGCACCUGGUCCCAGCUGGAUGACCCACUGUGUGUGCGUGUGCUUCUCUGCCACGCACCCACAAGCAUGCGUCGUGCCUGUGUUCUCGCCUUAGGCCCAGAGGCACUUAGGAGAUGGUUGGGGGGUGUUUUUUUAAUCCCCAGCUUUGGUUUUUAAUGAGGAUUUUUAACAAUGCAAUUUUCGAUUUGGAAGUGGCUUGUAAAUACUGCAAUUUGGGGAAGGGUCCUAAGCCCAGGGUAGGCCCCCUCCCCCCUUGUUUGGAGGAACAGAAGCAAAUGCUGGUGGGCGGGGGGGGGGGUUGUCUGCUCUGGCGAUCUCACGUAGUGUUGGCCAGGGCUGCACAACUUUGGCCCUGCAGCUGCUUUCAACUACAAGCCCCAUCACCCAUUCCCUAGCCACCAUGGGAUGGUGGGAUUUGUCGUCCAGUGUCGGCAGGAAGGGUAAAGUUCUGCAUCCCUGGCAUAGGCUGAAAAGGACAGAGAGGCGGAGUGGUGGAAAUGGGGUUUGGAUCAGAUGGACCUUAGCUGCAACUGAAGGAGAGACCACUUUGGGUGGUAGGUUGUGGGUGCCGGAGUGGAAGAUGGGUGGAACUGAGCCAUGGUGCACAUGCUCCUGUGGAGCUCCUGCGUAUUUCAGUGUAGCUUGUGCAAGAGAACUAUGUGGGUUGUGCGCUAUAUGUAUUUAGCAUGCAUGGGGGUUGCCAUCUGACCUCUCGGCCUUGUCAGCCAAGCAUCCCAGUGUGGGUCGAGGGAGCAGCUUCUAGAGUAGCCAUUUUCUGCUUGAAAUGGAAGACUACAAUGGCUCGCUUCGGUGCCGCUGGGCCUGAGGGGAGAAAGCAGAGGGAUCCCUACCUACAUAUACAUGAUGGUUGUGUGAAUUGUGUCUGGUCAGGUUAGCAAACUGUCUAUGGCCAGGGGAUUCAAUUCAGCCUUGUGGCUGGAGAUGAUGGGAGUUGGAGUCCAACAUCAUCAGGGGACUGAAGCUUGUGAACCCUUUGCUUUAUGGGCUGUGUAGCCUUCUCUCCAGUGACUGGAGUUCCACAGAAUGUUGAGGUUUUAUCUGUUGGGAAGGUCUUCAAUGUUAGGCAUUCUUCCCUACAGAUCGGAGAUGACCAGACUCUGGUGGCAGUGGUGGUGAGGGUGAUAGCAGGGCUGCUCAAACUCAGGUCCCCAGGUGGUGUUGGACUACAUAUCCCAUCAUCCCCAGCCACAGUGGCCAAAGGCCAUGAUAGGAGUUGUAGUCCAAACGUCUGAGGACCUGAGUUUGAGAACCCCUGGACUAUAGGAAUUAACAAGGCUUGGUUGCACACCUUGGUGAUCAGUUCAUUGUGGACGUGAGGACCGGCUUGGCUAUUACAGUGCCAAUGUUUAAUCUGUGUCCCAGAGCACCGUGGGGCACCCCAUACAGUGUUGAGCGAUGAGAAGACUGGUGAUGGCAGACCAGUUUUCCCGCAAGGCUGCUUGCCCGCCAUGAACCCUCUUCCGCGGCCACCUUGAAAAGACCUGGGGUGUGUUAGGCUCCAGGGGCCAGGCCCUUUGUGGGCUCUGCUCGUGCACCCGAGGACAUGCAGCAGCAGGCCCUGCAGUGGGGGCAGAGGUUCUGGGGCAGAUGUGCCCGGAGGAGCCCGUCUGGGAAGGAAGCCAGUUUGGCAUUGCAGCCUUAGAGUACUGAGCGGCCAUAGCUCGCUGUAUCAGACCGAACUCGCUCGGCUGGAGGGAGAUGGACGUGCCCGUCCUAGCUGGAGAUGAGCCCCUUUCUUGGGGGGCAUGGUGAGCGCAAAGGAGUCCAGGGCACAGAUGGGGGUACCCACAAGUGAAGUGGGCUGCUUCUGGGGAGCAGGAGGGGUUCCCCUCCAGUGGAGGCAUGGAGCGUUCCUGUGCAUUGGGGAAACAACUCCCAAGGUCUUCCCUGGGCUUGCAGUAGCUGCUGGGGGGUGGAACAUGUUGGUGAGAGGAAGCCGGCGGUGUGCUGGCGGUGCUGUGAGGAGCGAUGGAGUCUCACAGCGGACACUCGGGUCUGUCUUGUGGGGCGCGCUCUUUUCAGCGGGAGCCGUGGGGCCCCGAGUGGCUUCUGUGCCAUCUCGUCACAUAUCAGUGGUACGCACAGUAGAAGGGCGGGGAAGGUGUUCCUGCUGCUCCGGAGAAAGCGCCUGAAUGGGAGGCCUGGAGAGGCCGUCUGGGCUUCUCGCCAACCUGCCUCUGUCCCUGCGGGGGCUGGGCUGCAGUCUUGGCUUCUCUGUCCCACCAGGUGGUUUUGGGUUGGCAGGAUGGGUGAAGACGGUCCUGGGGCUUCAAAGGCAGGCAGAGGGGGGUCUCCACCCAAGGAGUGAGCUCAGUUUCCCAGCUUGCAUUAGAAAUCCUUACCAGCUUUGUCUUGUCUGCCUUUGGGGGGGGGGGCUGAGUUUAAAAGAGGCAAGUUGUGCAUUAAUAUGUGCAUACGUCCUCCCUCCAGCUUAAUCCAAAAAGCAACAAAAACAUGUUAAAAACAACUGCAAAAUGCCUUAGAGGCAGGAAUGUGUGUUGGUGAUGGCAUGGUUAUGGAUCAGUGGGGCCCUUCACAACCCGCUUUUCCAUAUUCAAGCCGGACCGCUACAAACAUAUACAGGGCUGGUUUUUCUGAGCUCAUCCCGGGAGUGAGAAAUGCUUGUUUUCAUUGUCGUGGAGGGGCCGUUGCCUUCCACCACUCUUAAAAUGUUGCUCCUAUCUUCACCCUGAAUGUGGUUGCGUCAUUUUGCUGUAGAGUAGCAUGCAAGUGGCACCCUAAACUCGUGUGGAUAGUGUCAUGUGGGCAGCUGCCAGAUCUUGAAGCACAGCUCCAUGUGGAUCAAGGUUCUGUCUUUUCUUCCCAUCCUAACAGUGUAGCAGGCAGAACGCAGGAAAGGAAGAGCUCCCAACAUUUUGAUCAGGGUGACCUUGCUGGCAUAAACCAUCUCUUGCCGCACGGAUGUCUUUGGAGAGAUUGGGGGGCAGGGGGGCACCUUUUGGACCCCGAUGCAGCACAGCUGUUUGGUGGGUGAAAUGUCUUGAGCUCCCACCUCUCUGCCUUAUUUGUAGCAUUUUCCUGUGACUUCUGGGAUAGUGGCAGAACCAUGAGUGGUUGUCAGUGCUCAGCUGGCUGGAGAACUGGGGGUUUCUUCGUAAUUGAGGGGAAAUUCUCCUCCUUGGGGUGGGCUGUCCACCUGGUUGGCAUGUCUCUUGAAGGAGCACAGAAGAACUUGAGAGAGCAGGAAUCGCUGCACGUGAGGCUUCCAUCAUUGGCCUUUUGCAGUCCAGGGUGGGGGUUAAUCUUGAGUCCCUCCUCCUCCAGUCCCUUGGACCCAAAGCCCAACAGUUGGCUCCAGCCCAUUGAGUGCUGCUUGGCUCUGGAGAAAAGGCACAGAAAGGAGCAUGGCAGAGGGCAGGAGCUGGCAAAAUGGCAGGCAGGACAUGGCACUUUCGGGGGCCUGCCGUUUCUGGGCAGUUUGAGCACUUGACCUGUCCCCCCUCAGCCUGGAUGAAUGAGAACUGGCAGGGAGGUGAUGUGGCCGCCUGCAUGGCACCGACAAGGACUUUUGUGUCUGUGGAGUUCCUGGUGGUGGCCAUCGGGAUCUCCAGAGGCGUCUUGCAUGGCUCCUCUGGUGCUGAGUGGGGCUCCGUCCCCAGAGGGGGGCACCAAGUGAAGCCAUUUGUGGCAGUGACUGAGCGCUGAAUUGUGCAGGUUCAUAGCCUAGCAGGGGUGGUGCUGGUUUGGGGUGGGGGGGGGGAGAGAAAUGCAUGGUUAGUUGGGGCUGGGACACAGGAGAGGCGAUCGGACGAACUAGUCCAGGUGGGAGCUCAGAGCCCCCCUGUCACUGCCAAGGGGGCUGGUUCUUGAGCCGUCUGCUUCUGCCUUUGUACCUCCCUCUCCUGUGCUUGGACUUGUAAUAGUAUGACUGUCUCCGUUGGCAACAUUUCCGAAUUUGAUGUUGUGAUUCUUCCUACUUAUUGUAAAGGGUUUAAAUAAAGCUUCUAGAUGUUCAACCUUG